AUGCCUCCACUUGCUGGAGCCUGCAAGAACUGCAGAAUUAAGAGAAGAGGGUGUCGUUAUGGGCGAAAUGACCGCAUCUGCCAGCGAUGCACUGAGCUAGGACAACAAGGCUGUGACAUUGCACAGAAGCUCGCCAGCAGCGGACUCCAGGACGAUCAACCACCCCCACAGUCUACAGCUCAGGUACCUGGCGCGCAGCUGUUGCAGUCCACACUUGCUAUGUUGAGUCAGCCGUCACAGCCUGCUGAUCUGGAGUGGCAAAAGCUCGUCCUUGGCGACUACAUUAUCAUCAUGGGAGUUGACGUCGGCACCUCCAACUGUGCCAUCUGCUGGCAACUCAUACCAAAAGAUCAAAUUCUAACUCCGGAUUACCGCCUUACCAUACAACAAGUCGAGGACACCUCCGGGAAUCAGUCAAGAUCCCAGAUUCCCACUCAAGCUGCCAUCAUUCCCGGGGAAGGCAGCCAUGGUCCAGUCCUCAUCUUCGCGCAGGGCGACAUCAGCAACCAUCUGGGAGAGAGCAUUGAGCAGGGCGACGUUUUCCGGCUUCUGAAGCUGACUCUUGUCAGCGCCGACAGCCAAGUCGAUGAAAAACAGAAGCGCUUGAUCCAGGCUGCUCAGCAAUACAAUAACGAUAUUGUUGAGCGAUACAAGCAGUCCGGAAACCUUCCGGAGGGUGUCACAGAUGUCCUUGAUAUCUUUCAAGCAUUUUUGACAUAUCUGUGGAGUGUCAUUCGCGCCAGCAUUACAAAGCGUGCGCCGUCUACUGUUUCCAAAGAGGUUCUUGAUUCUGUGCUCAAGGACCACUCACGAAUAGUUGUUGCUGUCCCAGAGAUCUGGACAGCAACGGAGAACAACCACUUUCGCCGGCUACUCCUCAAGGCUGGCUUCCCCAACGCACACAUCCGGUCUGAGCCAAAGCUUGCAGCAGCAGCGCUCGUACAGGAGAAGCAACAAGGGAGAGGCCCUGUCAACACCCAAGCCGAACAAGCUGAGGUUUCAGAGAGCCUGCGCAAAUCCGCCCGUGUCAUUGUUGAUAUCGGUGGUGGCACAACUGAUCUCAGCUGUAUUCAGGUGCUUCAGAUAUGGGGCAAACUGAAGUUCAGAACGAUUCUACCUGGUGUUGGCAGUAUGUCCGGAAGCGAGCUUCUAAACAGCAUCUUCAAGCAAAAGCUUGCAGACAUUCUCUCCAGCAACAUUGGUGACCUUUCUAGGAAGCUCGGAAUGACGACGGAGGAAGUCCUCACGUCGUUCGUUGCCGGUUUCGAGGACGCGAAGCGAGGCUUCAGCCGCGAAGUAUCCGAAAGUCAUGGUACCGUGAAAAUCAAGUGGUGUCCUAUACGACCUGAGACCGCAGUGUUGCCCGUGGUUCCAGCACUCCCAUGCCUUGGUAAAACGUUCAUCAGGGUUGAUACAGCCAAGGUUCAGGAGGUGUUCAACGAGUACCUCGUGGAGAUCAAGCGGCUUAUGAUGAAGCAGCUGCAGAUGCUUGAUGAUGAUACUACUGAUAUACGCGGGUAUGGUAUUGCACAGAUUGUGAUUGUCCUUGUAGGUGGAGGAAGCCUUAUUUCAUACAUUCAAGAGGAACUUAGAGAAGAGUACACGGGUAUGGGCUUGGAAUUUACGCACCACCAGGAGAGCAACUGCUCUCUUGUUGCCAAGGGUGCGGCACUUGCUGCCAUUGAUCCUGACCUUGGACUUCGCGAGUUCGCCCGCACCACGUAUGGCACGAUUUUGACUGUUCCAUACAAUGCAAAGAAGCCGACGCAUGUGGCCGACAAGCAUCUACGCGAAGAAACUCCAGCCUGGACACGCCACGGUUACGAGCUACAUGAUCGGUUCAUACCAAUGCUGAAGAAGGGACAGCGGGUCAAUGGAUCCUAUGUCAUGGACGAGAUAAUUGAGGGAGAAGCAACACCCGGUCAACCUUUUCCACGAGUGCUGAAACACCACAUAUACCAGGUUGAUGAUGAGGAGUGGGGUCAGAGAGAGGAUUGGAACCAGUGGUUGUAUCGGUAUACUGACAUACACGUUUUCGAUAUUGUCAUGGAGACACCCGCCAACGUCAAAUUCGUCACCACUCUGAAAGUCCAAGUGCCGCAAGAGCGAUGCGAGUUCCAGACCUACAAGGUUCACGGCGUCAAAUACUAUCGCAUAUGGUUCAGAGCGAAGCUCGUCUGGGACGGGCUUUGCGAGAAAUGGUUGUUCUACGUCCAUCCCACUGGCAAGCAAAUCCGCACGGCCCAGGACGAGCAGGAAUGCUUCUCAGCAGAUCCGUUGGUGCUUGACGAUGUGUUGGCGCGGCAAGAUAUGGAGAAUUAUGACGACGACGACGAUGACCACUACCAAGCGAGGGACGGACUUGAUAGAAUUGCUCAGGCCGUGAAUGGCAUCAAGAGCGAGGAGGACAAUGAUCUCGUUACUGGCGAUGCGAUGAAUGGCGUUACUCACCAGUAG